AUGAGGACAGAGCCUAUGCAUUGGGCAAGGGCAUCUUUUCAGCUAGGCUCAAAUUGUGAGUCUGUCGACAAUAAUCUCUGUGAGUCAUUCAAUCACUCAAUAGUAGAUGCAAGGUUUUAUCCAAUAAUUUCCAUGCAAGAGAGAAUCAGGAAGAAGAUACUUGUUAGAGUGCAAGAACAAAGGGCAAAGAGUGAGAAGUGA